CUAAACAAGAGAUUUUAAUUGAACAUACGGAUGAGUUAAAUAAAGUUCAAAAAUCAAUAAACAAAUUAAAAUUUACUAAUCCAAUGUCAGCUCAAGAAUAUCUUAAUCAAGAUAAAGAUAUUAGUAUUGAAGAAAUACUAGAUUAUGAUAUUAUCGAAAAGAUAUCUUUAAAUAAUAUUAGUAAAGAAAAAAUAUCAAUUCAAGAUGAAGAUGAUACUUCAACAAUUCAUGAUGAUGAUGAAUUUUUCUCAAACUCCAAUAAUUCAAUUCAAGAUAUACUUGAUACUUUUAACAAACUUCUGUUUUUUUUGAAAUAUCCGCCAAAUAAUUUAGAAAUAUCUAAAUUAGAAAUCGAAUCAGUUAA